AUGGAUGCGCCAAAUCCGCCAAACGGCCAACCGAGCGCUGGCAAUGGCACGCCAAAUGCGAUCGGCGGCGCAGCCACUAUGUCCGCUCCUCCGCAUCCACAUGCAGAAGCGCAAUCGACAACGCCCAUGCCACCUACAUGGUCGUCACAAAUGUCUACCUUUCCCACAAAUAGCGGCGCUACCGGAGGCCCAAACUUUGCCCAGUAUUCGGCAUCCACCGCUGCGAUUCUUGAACGCCUCCAAGGAAAGAAUGGACAUGCCGCCGGAAGUGCUGCCUUCGAGGCGAAGCGGGCAGAGAUCUUGCAGAGUUAUGUUACUAGCGACAAACUACCAACGCCUCCGCCGGCUGCGAGUACUGGACGUAGAGGAAGAGGGGGGAGAGUCAGCACACCAAGUGGACUGAAGACGGAAGUUGGCGCAUCACCUUCGGGCCCUUCAUCUGGUCGUGCAUCUGGCAGAGGGCGCGGACGGGGUCGUGGAGGGCGUGGCGGACGCGGGGGCAGAGGCGGCAAGCGGAAACGUUCCGAGAGCGACGAGGAGAGCGACAACGACAACGACGACUCCGAUGUCUCCGACUCGUACACUCCACUACCCACACGAACCAAGUCCGGCCGAAGUAUAAACAAGCCCGUCGCAUUCGUACCCGUUAUUCCGGAGCCAGCUCAAGGCGUUAAGCGGAGGAAGUCGACCAAGACCCUACUUGCUGCAAAGUGCAAGACCUGUCAUCGAGAGACCGAUCCGUCCAACAACCGGAUAGUGUUCUGUGAUGCGUGUAGUACCGCAUAUCACCAAUACUGCCACAAUCCGCCAAUCGACAACGAGGUUGUCACUGUGCUUGAGAAAGAGUGGCUAUGCGGACCAUGUAUACGGGCCAAGCAGACAGUCGUGGAAGGCGCACAGAAUCUGAUCGCGGCCGAGGACUUGACUAUAGAUGAGAAACGCGCAUACUUCAAUACGCUCCCACAAAACCAACUAGUCGGCCUCCUCCUAACAGCCACAAUUCGACAUCCAGAACUGCCCAUAUUCCCCCCCAACAUAAAGAAUCUCAUGACAAACUUCUCCGCUAUCAAGUCGGAAAUGCCCCAGCAACAACAACCUUCCGCUACCCACCACUAUGCUAAUUAUCAACCCCCACCAAACUUCAGUCUCGCCCAGAUGACCUCGCCCCCAGACGGCCACACAACAACACAUCACACACCGCAGUUCUCGUCGCAUUCACACUCGGAGAUGGACCCUGCAGAAGCACAGCUCCUUGGCGAAAGCAGCCACCAGCCGCGCACGACCAUAGACCUGGCCGGCAACCAGUACGAAGAAGACGAUGGUUACGACACCGAUCCGCCAGCACACUACCCCAAAGCUGGCAACGGACUCGCACGAACACUACGCCCAGAGAGCGAAGACCUGAAUUGGCUCGUCGACGACAACUUUGAAGUGUUUAGCCAUGGGUGGAAGGGAGACGGGACGGGCAUGGGCGCCGAUGGUACAAUGGACGCUAUGGACGGACAGAAAGUAGUCUAG